AUGUCUCGCUGCCGUUUCCCUCCUACCCCGGCCAUGUCGGGCGAAUUCAUUAUCAAGGAUCAACCUGCUGAUGCCACCGAUGCUUUCGCUUUACCUCCAGCCGCUUUGGGCUCCUCUAAAGUUGAUGAUCAAUUUAGUCGACGUUCCUCUCGAUCAGAUCCUACAUACGUCCCGGCCUCACCACCUUCUCCUGAUCUUAUGGCUCGCAACAGAUCGACACAACAGUCCCGGUCAGGCACCGCCACAAAGCGCUCGCUGGAGGACUUUGAACUACCACCGCCUCCUACUCGAACCCGCAAAAUUAUACAGAUGAAGCCUAAACCUCAAACAACUACCAAGUCUCCGAAGAAAGAGAAUGGGAAAGCGGCUCAGACAUCACCCGAAUCAGCCACCAAGGACGCCACUUCCUCAAAGAGGAAGCAGCCUAGUGCCACAAGUGCAGCAGGACGCAAAAUUGCUCGCAAGACAGCCCAUAGUUUGAUUGAGCGACGUCGACGAUCCAAGAUGAAUGAGGAGUUUGGUACUUUGAAAGAUAUGAUUCCUGCCUGCACAGGACAAGAAAUGCACAAACUGGCGAUUCUUCAGGCGAGCAUCGACUACGUGAACUACCUGGAACGAUGCAUUCGAGACCUCAAAACAGCUGGCGCCACCCACACCUCCGCACCACCAUCACCCACAUCUCCAGAAUUCAUCACCGAAACAGGCGAAUCUUCCCAGCACCCUCAACGUCCCCCAUCAUCAAUAUACUCCUAUUCCACCUCUGAAUCACCAGAGAUUAUGCCCGGCAGCGCAAUGAUCUCGGACACAUCUCCUUCCUUCUCCCCCCGCACCCGCAUGCCAUCAGUCCAUACCCUACCUGAUAUUUCAUCAGUUCUGCCUAGCCCGGCAUUAGGUCCCAUCAACCCGGCUAUGGACAAGCUGCAUGAUAUUCAAGGUAUUGACCAUGAGGCCUCUGCUGCUUUGCUCAUGCUCACUCAGGACCGGAGGGGCACCGCGGACUCGAUCAACGAGCAUUUUGCCGGCACUUCCCUCUCUACUCCCGAGGAGAUCAGAGGCGGAGAUGUGCAACGGAGAAAGGGUAUGAGUGUACGCGAUCUCCUUAUUUCAUGA